UAAUAAAAAGGUUCAUGUUGUAGCCUGUGUCAGUGGUUGAUUUCUUUUUAUUGCCAAAUAAUACCCAUUGUAAGGCUAUAUUACAUUUUACUUUUACAGUUAUCUGUUGAUGGACACAUGUUGUUAGCACAUUUGAACUAUUAUGACAUGUGCUGCUGUCAGUAUUCACACACAAGUUUUUUUGUGGACAUAUGUUUGCAUUGCUCUUGGACAGGUGUGGAAUUGCUGGGCCAUAUGGUAGUUUUACUUAAUGUGUAUUGUAACACAUAUUUAAAUACAGUAUUUAGUGAUGAUUUUGAAGGGGUAAAUUCCUUAUAUGAUAACUGAUAUCAUUGCCAUUGUUGAAUUUCACCAAAGUCUAGUUAUCCCUUGGUUAUAUAGACGGUAAAGUAAAAUUCUGAGCUAAUGUGAAUUUCUCCACUUUACAGUUAGUUUUAGUUGAAAUCUGGUCUUCCAUCCAGGUUUUCUGGUAACCUCUUUGGUUACCUUGCAGCUCUUUACUCCUUUCCCAGAGGCGUGGACUGUCUUUGAUCCUAAAGGUUUUUAUCUAAGGGUUUUUUUUUUUUUUUCCCUUCCUUCAUUGGGCAAAUAAAAAUAUUAGAAGUAGUGGGAAAUGCUGAGAAAUACAUGCAGUAUUAACAGGUUUCAGAGUUCAAACCUCAUUAACAAAAAAGCAGCAUUGUGUUUUAUAAUUCAGUUCUUUCUAAGGACAAUGUUGAUUUUGGCAUUCCCAUUCUAGGAAAUAGACUGGAAUAGAAAUGCUUGGGCCUGAAGAAUAUUUGUUCAGCAUUAAUUCAUUCCCUAUUAAGUUAUGACUGAGAAAACUAAGAUGCCCUAGAUGAGCAAGUUUAAUUUUAAAGCAAUGAUAAAAUACUCCAGUUUCACUAUCAUAGGAUUUUACUGUGUGUAUGUUUCUUUUUGUUACAAGUUUGAUACAGCCAAUAAGUUACUUAGAAAAUUACUAAUGUACUAUUGACUGACUUGAUAGAGGAGGUAAAGAUGAGUAGGCCCAGGAAAACAUAAAGCAAGAAAUUAAUAUAUAAUGUAUAUAAAAUAAUUAGUAAAGAAUGCAACUGAAGAGGGAUAUUAUAAAAUAAUGAUGUCGAUAUGUAAUCAUAAUAGACUUUCACUCUGAAGUGAUAAAUUUAAAGAAAGCAAAACUAAGAUUCUAGUAAGCCUUGUAGGAAAAGAGAGUAAGAGAAGAAGAGGAAAAGCAUGGUUUUAAGAGACCUUGUGACUGACAUUGUACUAAACUUUGGGUAAGAAAACUAAGAAAGACUUUAUUUAUUUAUUUAAGAUUUUAUUUAUUUAGGCAUACAAGAGCUGGGGCACAGGUGAGAGGUGCCGGGGGGUGAGAGGAUUCACCAGAGACAGAAUGGGGAACAGAACAGGUGGAUUUAGUGAAAUACACUGCUGAGGGGAGCAGCAGGCGAGGCAGGAGAGGUGCGCUGCGCCAUGUGGGUUGCUCGCUGGCUGGCUGGGAAUCGAACUUGUGCAGCAGAGGCUGUGGACAGCUUCAUAGUGCAGUGCUUAACCCCUUGCCCCACCAGGGAGUCCCAAGGAAGACUUCUUAGGGGUGCUGAAAGGAAUCGGUGAUGAACAUAAUCAUGCAGUAACAACAAUGUAAUAAUGAUGCAGUGUAGUAAUGCUAAUAAUAGCAACUAACAUUUACUCAGCAGUUGUUCUGAGCAAGGCACUGCCCUUGGGUGCUUUUACACUUAGUAUUUCAUUUACUCUUCACUAAAAGAUCUUUUUUUGUGGGCAUGAAAGAAUCUUCCUCUAAAAAAAGCACAGGAUUGUUUUAAACAGAUGAACUUUCUGAUAAUGGCAUCUGCCGCUAAGGAAUUUAAAAUGGACAACUUUUCACCUAAAGCUGGCACUAGCAAAUUGCAACAGACAGUACCAGCUGAUGCAUCUCCUGAUUCUAAGUGUCCUAUAUGCUUGGAUAGAUUUGAUAAUGUGUCUUACUUAGAUCGCUGCUUACAUAAGUUCUGUUUUCGCUGUGUGCAGGAAUGGUCAAAAAACAAAGCUGAAUGCCCAUUAUGUAAACAGCCCUUUGAUUCUAUUUUUCAUUCUGUGAGAGCAGAAGAUGAUUUCAAGGAAUAUGUCUUGAGGCCUUCCUUUGUCACCCCUAAUCUUCGAAGUUUCCACUAUCGUACAACUAUGACACGGGAACGAAGUGCUUCUAGUAGUACCGCGAACAGAGCAACAGCAACUCCACCAGAUAGUAGAGUACUCUUUGAAGGAUUAGGCAUUUCAACAAGACCUAGAGAUGGUGAAGUUUCUCAAUUUAUGAGACAGAUUGCAAUAAGGAGGCCAACUACUGCAGAUGAAAGAUCUUUGCGGAAAAUUCAGGAACAGGAUAUUAUAAAUUUUAGACGAACUCUCUAUCGCGCUGGUGCUCGUGUUAGAAAUAUCGAAGAUGGUGGCCGCUACAGGGACAUUUCAGCUGAAUUUUUCCGUAGGAAUCCGGCUUGUCUUCAUAGAUUAGUCCCUUGGUUAAAACGAGAACUUACAGUUCUUUUUGGAGCUCAUGGGUCUUUAGUGAAUGUUGUUCAGCAUAUCAUCAUGAGUAAUGUCACUCGCUAUGACUUGGAGAGCCAGGCAUUUGUGUCUGAUUUGAGGCCAUUUUUACUUAAUCGAACUGAACAUUUUAUACAUGAAUUUAUCAGUUUUGCUCGCUCUCCUUUUAACAUGGCAGCCUUUGACCAGCAUGCUAAUUAUGAUUGCCCUGCUCCUUCAUAUGAAGAAGGUAGUCAUUCUGAUUCUUCAGUCAUAACAAUAUCUCCUGAUGAAGCUGAGACACAAGAACUGGAUAUUAAUAUAGCCACUGUCAGUCAGGCACCAUGGGAUGAUGAAACGCCAGGACCAUCUUAUUCAAGCUCAGAGCAGGUACAUGCUGCUAUGUCUUCCCUUUUAAAUACUUCUGACAGUUCUGAUGAGGAACUUAUAACCAGAAGAGCCACAUCUCAGAUCCAAGGAGUACAAACCAAUGAGGACCUAAAUAAUGACAGUGAUUCUUCCUCAGAUAAUUGUGUAAUUGUUGGGUUUGUUAAGCCGCUAGCUGAGCGGACCCCAGAACUUGUUGAACUUUCCUCUGAUUCUGAGGAUUUAGGCUCUUAUGAGAAAAUGGAGACAAUAAAGACACAAGAACAAGAGCAGUCUUACAGUUCUGGGGAUAGUGAUGUUAGUAGAUGUUCAUCUCCACGGUCCAUCCUUGGAAAGGAUGAGCAGGUAAAAAGUCAUUGUGAUUCUGGUGCAAGAAUCAAAUCAAAGAAGGAGGAGAAACGAUCUACAUCAUUGUCCUCUCCCAGAGACUUGAGCUCGUCCAUCAGAGGAGACAGAGUCCACUCCCCAUAUAACCGUAGACAUAGAAGAAGGGGAAGAUCAAGAAGUUCGGAUUCACGUUCCCAGAGUAGAAGUGGGCAUGAUCAGAAGAAUCGUAGAAAGCAUCACGGAAAAAAAAGGAUGAAAAGCAAACGAUCCAGAAGCAGAGAGAGUAGCAGACCUAGAGGUAGGAGAGACAAAAAGAGAUCGAGAACUAGAGAUAGCAGUUGGUCAAGAAGAAGCCAAACUCUGUCUCUAAGUAGUGAAAGCACAAGCAGAUCAAGGUCUCGUAGCAGUGAUCAUGGUAAAAGAAGAUCACGGAGCAGAAAUAGAGAUCGUUAUUACUUAAGAAAUAAUUAUGGAAGCAGAUACAAGUGGGAAUAUACUUACUAUAGUAGAAACAAGGACAGGGAUGGCUACGAGUCGUCAUAUAGGAGGCGGACUCUGUCCAGAGCUCAUUAUUCCAGACAAUCGUCGAGUCCAGAAUUUAGAAUUCAGUCCUUUUCUGAAAGAACAAAUGCUCGGAAAAAAAAUAAUCACAGUGAGAGGAAAUAUUACUACUAUGAAAGGCACAGAUCGAGGAGCCUGUCUAGUAAUAGAUCAAGGACUGCAUCUACAGGACCGGACCGAGGGAGAAAUGAAAAGCCUGGAGGGAAACGAAAAUACAAAACACGACAUUUGGAGGGUACUAAUGAAGUUGCCCAACCAUCUCGUGAAUUUCCGUCUAAAGUAAAGGAAAAUCAUUACCAAAAAUCUUCAUCGAAAUUGGAUGGAAACUACAAAAUUGAAAGUGACAGUUUUUCAGACAGCCGAUCUUCAGAUAGAGACACAAAACACAGGAGGAGAAAGAGGAGGACCCGGAGCCUGAGUGUCGAGAUAGUUUAUGAAGGAAAAGCUACCGAUACGACGAGGCAUCAUAAAAAGAAAAAGAAGAAACACAAGAAGAAGCACAAGAAACACCAUGGGGAUAAUGCUUCACGUUCUCCAGUUGUAAUUACCAUUGACAGCGAUAGUGAUAAGGAUUCUGAAGUAAAGGAGGAUAUAGAAUGUGACAACAGUCGUCCUCAGGAUCCUCUCCAAGAUGAGUUUUUGUCUCCUUCCUUGGAACCAUUUGAAACGAAAGAUAUAGUCACAAUAGAAGACGAAUUUGGUAUCAUGGACAAGGAAUGUGAUGUUACUACAGUCAGUAACAGUUUGAAUAAUGCCAACAAAACUGUAGAUAAUAUUCCGCCCCAGGUAGCUUCAGUUGAACAAACUCUCGAUGUUAGAGAAGAGAGCGCCUUUGCCUCUGACUUGGAGAACCAGCCCGGCAAUGUGUGUGUUCAGACUGAGCCAUCCAGGCCCUUGCCUUCUCCGCGGACAUCAUUAAUGUCAGUGUCUUUUGAUAGAGAUUGUGAAAUGUCUUAAAGCUGCCAAAGCCUUUCAUUGAGAAUUCUAAUAGUAAAAAAGGAACAAUGUCAUCUCCUGCAGUCUAUUUAAAGAUGACUUUUAGUAAAAACUCUUUUUCCCCCCUUAAAAUAUUUUAAGUGAUUUUUUUUUGUGUGUGUUAAAUUUUUGUAAAAAUCAUUAUUUGUUCAAAAAGUAUGUAUGUUCCACCUUCAGAGGUAUGCACUUUUAAGUGAAGAAAAUAUUGCUAGCAGUUUAUUUAAAACUUGGGAUCCUUUUUAAAUAAAAAAAAUAUAAAUUUUAGAAGUUAUUUCAUAAAGCCAUAUGGUAUUGACAUAUUUUUAAAGUAGUCAAUAAGUAUUUUUGAGUUUUUGUUUCGGGAGUUAUUCUGGAAAUGUGCUAUAAACUAGGAGAAUCCCUUUGAGCGGUCUUUAUUUUUCUUCUUAAAAAUUUGUAUUCAAAAUCAUUUCAGGUUAAAUGGAGGCAUUUAAGUCUGCACAGUUUAUCUUGACAUCUGCCAAAAGAAGAAUUUAAAUACUUCCUUUAUAUACUUGUUUCUGGACUGCCCGUAAAGCAAAUGUGUAUUCAAUAAAGGAAAAAAUAAAACAGUAAUACUUUAAAACAGAAUCUAGAAAAUUUCCUAUGCAGUAUUGCUUUUUUAAGUAAAGUUAUUAGUGGGGGGCUAAAAUCUUGAAAAUAAGAAUAUACUUGAGUCAUAAAUACACAUUUCAAGUGAUUGCAUUUAAUUUUACAGUUUUUGUGAUGUUUGUCAGUCUGAUUAUGAGAUGUAUGUUAGUUAUUUCUUCAGAAAAAUGCAGUUACACAACAUUUAGUUUACUAAAAACAAAAAGCUGUGGCCA